GGAGAGGAAGGAUGUCACAUGUAAUACUCUCUCACUCCACUCCCAGUGGAUUUUAUUCUAGUCUACAAUACAACCAUGGCGUUCACAUUCUCUGUCCUGGCGUGUUAAACUCAAAUAGUAAUUUCGUUUAGAGGAUUUAUGGGCGAAACACUAGCGGAUCUUCCAAAAGAUUCAGAUAAGAUGGUGGGGGAGACAACAGCCUCAAAUCCUGCUCUUGAAGUGUCGGUUUCAUUCGGUAGAUUUGAGAAUGAUUCAUUAUCAUGGGAGAAAUGGUCGGCUUUCUCACCAAAUAAGUACUUGGAAGAGGUUGAGAAGUGUGCCACACCAGGUUCUGUUGCUCAGAAGAAGGCAUAUUUUGAAGCCCAUUACAAGAAGAUUGCUGCUAAGAAGGCUGAGCUUUUGGAGCAAGAGAAGCAGCAAGCUCAAAAUGAUUCCAUGAGAUCAGAGGAUAAUGAAGAGGAUGAUCCAAAUGGGGGAGAUCUGAUCAGAAACACAAAUUCCAAGGAUGCCCGAAUUGACGUCUCUGAAGACCAAAUUUCAGUUGAAGAAGAAGUUAAGAAAGAACCCAUUUUGAGUAAUGAGAAGAUGAGCGGUGAAAAGAUCAACGAUCUGAAAUUGGGAGUUGUAAUUAGUGAAGAAUGUCAAAUUUCAGUGGUUGAGAGAGAGGGGGAACUUGAUACAAGGGUGGCUAGUCCUAAGUUGGGCAAAGCAGAACAAGAUGAUAUUUUUGUUAAGGAAGUAGAAGCCAUUUCUAUUGAUUCUCAACCCAAAAUGGAAGCUCCAGAGAGUUUGAAGAGUGAGUUAGUAUAUGAUUCAAAGGUCAAAGAGGAAAAGGUGAAAUUGGUUGAUCAGAAUCAACCUCAAAAGGUUACUGCAGUGGAUAAAGAGAGAACUGUGGCAAAAGCUAAGAAGAAGCCAGUUUCUCAAUUAACUAGAACACCAAAGAGUUCUAAUUCUACCCCUAGAGUGUCAAAGCCAGUACAGAUUUCGAGCCGAGUAUCACCAGCAUCACAAUCUUCAACAAAGAAGAGCAAUACUAUUACUCAAUCCUUGCAGAGGAACAAGAAUCCUUCUUCUGGAGAGACCAAGAAAGUUGUUUCUAAAUCUCUGCACAUGUCCCUCAGUUUAGGUCCCAGGAAUUUGAAUUCACCGGCGAAUUUGGAUUUGCCUGCUAUUACCACACCUAGGAAGUCUUUAUUUAUGGAGAAAAUGGGGGAUAAGGACAUUGUCAAACGAGCAUUCAAGGCAUUCCAAAACAAUUUCAACCAAGCGAGAUCCUAUGGCGAUGACGGGUCUUCAUUACAAAAGCAGGUGCAGGUGACUACAAAGAGGCCAGAACCAAAGGUUUCCACUACUAUUACUCCAAGAAAAGAGAAUGUUGGGUCACUCAAAACAGAUCGUCUGGACAAAAGAAGUGUCAAGACUCCUCCAUCCUCAUUUGGGUUCAAAAGUGAUGAAAGAGCGGAGAAAAGAAAAGAGUUUUCAAAGAAACUGGAAGAGAAGUCCAAUGCCAUAGAGGAGGAGAAAACAUGCCUCCAAUCAAGAUCAAAGGAGGCAAAGGAGACAGAGAUAAAAAAGCUAAGGCAGAGCCUUAAUUUUAAGGCCACUCCAAUGCCAGCUUUCUAUCGGGGACAAAAAACGUCAAAAAGCACUUUGGAUAAGAUGCCUUCCAAGAAUGAGACUCGUCGGUGAAAGUCCCACUCAGGACGAAAACUCAACAUCAUUUACCAAGAAAGACAUACACGUUUAUGAGCCUUGUUUAAAGUUGGAGGAUAAGGAAGACAUAUGUCAGAAGGAAUUGCUUCACAACGAGGGGGGUCUUUGCUACAUAUGAUUGGAAUUGCUUUGUCGAUGAAAAGCAAUAAAGGAUGAGUUUACACUAUGAAUUCUGUGCAUCUCAGUGGCCAAAAAAGAUCACACGUAACUUGGUUCUUCUUUUGUUGGUGGGGGCACUUUAAAUGUGAACCAAAAAAAGCUGAAUUGGGUCAGUUCUAUUAUGCCACAUUUCACCCUCAACUUAUUAGUUUUCUUACUCCCCUAAUUUUCCAAACUCAUAUAAUGAUUUAGAGAAAAACUUUUGUUUUUUGUUUUUUUUUUUUUUCAUUUGUUGUUGUGUGGGGGGAAAGAAAAUUGUUAAUGUGUAUAAUCAGUUGUGCUGUUAGAGUGCAUUAUACUUCCAUACUUUCUAGCAAACAGAAUUUUUUUUGUUUUUAUUUUUUAUUUUGACCUUGGACUGCAAUAUUUGUGGUGAAGCUCCCAAUUUUUGGUCAUCAUGCAUAUUGUUAAAGUAUUAUAUUAGA